CCGUGUUUUAUGUUUUAUUUGUGGCACAAUGAGGAGGCUUUUACUGAGGGCGUCAGCGCUUUAAACGUUUGCUCCUGAAACUGUUUAAAAAAGUCGAUAUGGCGCCGAAGACAGAAGAGCUUCUUCUUGUUGUUUUCAUCCUGGAAGGUCGUCACUUCCCAAAGACGCCUCGGCUCAGUCUGGUGGUCCAGGCCAGCUUUCAUGGUGAGCGGCUGGCUACAGACCCUGUGGAGCACAUCGAGCAGCCUCAGUUCUGUACCGAGCUGGCCUGGGAGCUGGACCGUCGGAUGCUGCAACAGCACAGACUACAGAGGACUCCCAUCAAGCUCCAGUGUUUCACUGUGGACUCCGUCAGCACAGCAAGCGAGUGUGUCGGCUACAUUGUCCUGGACCUCCGGUCUGUGCAGGAGGUCAAACAGGAGCCGCGCUGGUAUCCGUUGCUCAGCAGUAAAUACACCAAACGGCGACCAGCCCUCCUGCUGAGCAUGUUGCUGGAGAGUGACUCAAUGACUGAAUGCUCUCCUGAAAGGUUGAAAGCCAAGAAGGCCCUGCACCCAAAAGGUUCUCUGGCUGUAACUGAACAUGUGCCGGAGAGACUCGAGGCCAUGCUGAUCCCAGAUCACGGUUAUUAUCAGGUCGGACCUGCGGCACACUGCACUUCAAUGUUCAUCCUCUCAGUCACUGUGGCCUUUGCGUCCAACCUCCAGCAGCUGAUUUCCAGCUCAAGAAAACUGUCCACAGAGACCUCAGAGUUCUACUUCUACUUCUCUUUGCUUGGGAAGGACAUCACCAGCAAACCUUUUCACAAUCUGCUGAGCCCUGAGUUUGAGCCAGAGCGCAUCUCAGUGCGCAUUCGCAGCAGCAAACAGAUCCUCCAGACGUUCCUGGCUCAGCAGCCGAAUUUACAAAUUGAGCUGUGCUGUGGGAAACGCUCUCUCGGCAGCACGGAGGUUUCUCUGUCAGCGCUGUCUGACCUGACUGUGGAUCUGGACAGCAAGGCUGCGACAGUGGAGGGGACGUUAGUGCUCCAACCUCCAAAACGCAGCCAGCAGACGCUGCGGACUCUGCCUGCCAACCUGCAGCCUACAGUGGGAGUGUCUGUUAUCCUCAGGCCUGAGGAGGUGACACUGCAGUUUCCCAGAAAUAAAGGGAGUGGGGCUGAAACACAGUUUGUCCCUCAUCCGUCUGCCGCACCCACAGCACCACCUGCAGAUCAGAGACCUCAGACACUGUCUCCUGUCCAAAGACCUGGUUCUCCUCCUAACUGUCAUACAGAGAGUGAAGCAGAGAGUCUGCAGGAUGAGCGUCCACACAGCAAAGAGCAGCCUGGAGCGGCAACGGCUUCAGAGGAACGGCAGCAGAGUCAGACCGCUGCAGCAGCAGAUGUUUCCUCUGUCAGUGUCUCUGCUCCCAAAGUGUCCGUCCCGUCCUCCGCCCAUCACUACUGCUUCUCUCUGGACCUGUGCAGUCUGGGACAGCUCAGCCUGGCUCAUCCCAUCAACGCUGUGCUCAGGUAUUCAUUCGGCUUCUUUGGCGACGGGGCUCCGAUAAUGACGGGGCCUCCUGUGGAGCUGCAGAGGAACACCGAAGUCUCGCUGUCUCAGUCCUACCGCACCUUCAACUUCACCACUUUACCGAAGCAGCUGGAGGACACCUUCCUCAGAGUGCCCCUGGUGGUGGAGGUUUGGCACAGAGACUCGAACAGCAGAGACCAGCUGAUCGGAACCGCCACCAUCCAGCUGAGUCGCGUCCUGCGAGCUGAUAAGAGCAGAUUCAUGAGAUUGUCAGGAGAGCAGAGUUGGAGACAAACACACCAGGACACGGUCGCUGUCCUGCACACCAACCGUCCUGCCGAGAAGGUGGCAGAGUUGUGUUAUGUGCUGAUGCUGGAGGACUUGGGGCUGGUUAAAGACAGGCGUGUCAUCGUGUCCAACUUUUCACAGAACAAGCACCCAGCCAAAACGCAGCUGCCUUCCCAACCUGCUGCUCCCAGCGUGCCCUCUGUCCCGCCCGGCGCCGCACCACCCAGGGACACAUUGGAGUAUCGCACCGCCGUGGAGCUGCAGCUGUGGAAGGAGCAGCAGGAGGAUCUGUUUGAUGAUCAGUUGCAGGAAAAGGAACUGAAACAAAUGGUUGCACUGGCAGAGGAGUGGAAGAUGAGAGACAGAGAGAGAGAUGCUCUACUUCAGAAGAAGGAGAUGGAGCAUAACGUGCGGGAGAAGCAGCUGCAGAAAGCUCUGGCUGAUCUGGAGAAAAGAGAGAAGCAGCUGGCUGAGUUUGAGCUGGAGACUCAGAAGCUGCAAGAGGCGCUUCGGGCCAAAUGUGCCCUCUCCCAGAGGGAGCUGCAGGAGAGUAACAGGAUAAUGAAACUGGAAUGUGACCACCAGGUGGCGAUGGAGAGAGGCAAAACCAGACUGUUGGAGGAGGAGAAAGCCAGGCUGCUGCAGCAGAUCGCGGAUACUGAGAGUCGAUAUAAGCAGCUUGAGAAGGAGUUUCGGCUCUACAGAGAACAGCAGAACGUCAGACCUGAGUUACGACUGCAGUCAGAGAUCAACAUACUGAGCAUGGAGAAGGUGGAGCUGGAGCGGAAGUUGGAGUCGACCACAAAGUCCAAACUACGCUACAAACAGGAGUGGGGGAGAGCCCUGAAAGAGCUCGCCAGGUUCAAACAGCGUGAGGAGGAGAGUGCCAAGCUCCUCCUGAAGAAGCAGGAGGCAGAGAUUGAGGCUAUGAAGCGUCGCUGCCAAGCAGCCGAGGAGAAGCAGGUGGAGCAGCAUGCGAAACAGGAGCUGGACGUCCUCAGGAACCAACUCAACAGGUUGAAACAGCAAGAAGAGAGAACUGUUCCCGACUCCUCUGGGACUGGCUCCGCCCCCAGCCCAAUUCCUAAUGAGAGUGCAGAGGAGCAGCUGACUCGGUUAAUUGAGGAGAGAGACACACUGUUGAGGACCGGAGUUUACACCCACCAAGACCAGAUCAUCACUGAGCUGAACAGACAGAUACGGGAGUCCAUGAGCAGGAAAGAAAAACGCUGAGCAGGAGAGGUUAGCUCUGUACGCGGGAGUGAGAAACAGAGGUUAGCUCUGAACGCGGGAGUGAGAAACAGAGGUUAGCUGUGAACGUGUUAGUGAGAAACAGGUAAGCUGUGGACAUGGGAGUGAGAAAUAGGUUAGUUGUGAACGUGAGAGAAACGGGUUAGCUGUGAAUGUGUUAGUGAGAAACAGGUUAGCUGUGGACAUGGGAGUGAGAAACAGAGGUUAGCUGUGGACAUGGGAGUGAGAAAUAGGUUAGUUGUGAACGUGAGAGAAACGGGUUAGCUGUGAAUGUGUUAGUGAGAAACAGGUUAGCUGUGAAUGUGUUAGUGAGAAACAGGUUAGCUGUGGACAUGGGAGUGAGAAA